UCGCUUUAAACCGCCCGGCCGCCCCUCCCCGCCAGCUCCUCCUCCUGCACCGCCGCGCGCCCCGCCGCUCCGCGCUCCGACCGCAGCCAUGGCGGACAUCAAGACCGGCGUCUUCGCCAAGAACGUGCAGAAGCGACUCAACCGCGCGCAGGAGAAGGUCCUCCAGAAGCUGGGGAAAGCUGAUGAAACAAAAGAUGAGCAGUUUGAAGAAUAUGUCCAGAACUUCAAAAGACAAGAGGCAGAGGGAACCAGACUUCAGCGUGAACUCCGAGGGUAUUUAGCAGCAAUCAAAGGCAUGCAAGAGGCCUCCAUGAAACUCACCGAGUCCCUGCAUGAAGUCUAUGAACCAGACUGGUACGGACGGGAAGAUGUAAAAAUGGUCGGCGAGAAAUGUGAUGUGCUAUGGGAAGACUUCCAUCAAAAACUAGUGGAUGGGUCCUUGCUGACACUGGACACAUAUCUGGGCCAAUUUCCUGACAUCAAGAAUCGCAUCGCCAAGCGCAGCAGGAAGCUGGUGGACUAUGACAGUGCCCGUCACCAUCUGGAAGCACUGCAGAGCUCCAAGAGGAAGGAUGAGAGUCGAAUCUCUAAGGCAGAAGAGGAAUUUCAGAAAGCACAAAAAGUGUUUGAAGAGUUUAAUGUUGACUUGCAAGAAGAGCUACCUUCAUUGUGGUCAAGACGUGUUGGAUUUUAUGUUAACACGUUCAAAAACGUUUCCAGCCUAGAGGCCAAGUUUCACAAGGAAAUUGCAGUGCUUUGCCACAAGCUGUUUGAAGUGAUGACAAAAUUAGGUGACCAGCACGCCGACAAGGCCUUCACCAUCCAAGGCGCCCCCAGUGAUUCGGGUCCUCUGCGCAUUGCAAAGACGCCGUCACCUCCUGAGGAGCCUUCACCCCUACCCAGCCCAACAGCCAGUCCCAACCACACGCUAGCACCUGCGUCUCCUGCCCCUGCACGACCCAGGUCACCUUCACAGACAAGAAAAGGGCCACCUGUUCCACCUCUGCCAAAAGUCACCCCAACAAAGGAACUACAGCAGGAGAAUAUCAUCAAUUUCUUUGAGGAUAACUUCGUUCCAGAAAUCAGUGUGACAACACCUUCCCAGAAUGAAGUCACUGAAGUGAAGAAAGAGGAGACUUUGCUAGAUCUGGACUUUGACCCUUUCAAGCCCGAAGUGACACCGGCAGGUUCUGCUGGAGUGACCCACUCACCCAUGUCUCAGACAUUGCCAUGGGACCUAUGGACGACAAGCACUGAUCUGGUACAACCGACUGAAUCUUCAAAAAGUCUUUCCCUGUGUAACCUGAUUAUGGAGGAAACUCCAGACAGUGGGUUGGCCGAAGAAAUUCAAAGAUCUCAAAUUGGCAUAGGUGCAUUUUCUUGGGGGCCGGAUGCUAGUACAGACAGUGUUAGCCAGGAAAUGACUCCAAGUGGGUCUGGAGAAGACCUUGCGUGUCUCUCUGAAGCAGAGCAAGACAGGAGAUUACCCACUGGAAUGCUUCCUCCUGCUGACUGGUCCACUGUAGCAGAACAGGGUGGGCAUGUCCUGGGGCCAGCUUCUCCAGGUGACAAUGAACAGUUAUCCCUGACAUCCAUGCCUGGGACUGGAGUUGCUAUUGCUACUUGCUUGGAGAUGAAACAGCCAAAUGAAUUCCUUGACUCAGAGGUGCCAGCCAUGGAAACAGCUGGCCUGCUCCAGGAAAGUCAUGAAGACGUUAAAAAGGCAGAUGAAGAACAAGAAAACCAGAAGAUAGAAGAUUCUUUAUGGACAGGUUUGGAGACCUGUCAAAAGGCUUCUGGUGGUUCAUUCAAUGGAUUCACCCAGCCCCAGGACACUUCAUUAUUCACAAUGCAGGCAGAUCAGAGUAUGAUCUGCAACCUGGCUGAAUCUGAACAGGCUGUGCCCACAGAGCUCAAAGCAGAGGAGCCGCCUGCUGCCACCAUAGCUGCUGCUGGGAUGGACCUUGGGCUGGAAACACAGGCUGAGGAGCCAGUGGAGGAGGCAAUGGUCGUACCUGGACUGGAUGCCGAUGUGGCCGUGGGGACUUCGGUGCCUGCCGAGGGAGCCUCUGUGGAAGAGUCAGAGGCCGAGAAAGCAGUGGUUCCUGCUGGAGAAGGAGAAGGUCCAGAGGAGGCCACAGUUGACAAUGAAAUCCCUGAGGUUUUGGACAGUGACAGACCUCAGGCAGCAGCAGAGACAGAAGCAGCAGCACCUCAGGAGAAAGUCAUUCCUUCCGUGGUCAUCGAGCCUGCCUCCAACAAUGAAGGUGAUGGAGAACAUGAAACCAGCCUGGGUGCAGAGACCAAAGAGGGCCCUGAGGAUGUGGCUUUUGCAGGCCCCACGGGCAAGACGCCGGAGCUGGCCAUGGAGCAGAAGCCAGGGGAGGACACCCAGGCUGCGCCUCCUGCAGGCCAGGCCUCCCAGGAACUGCCUCCUGGCUUUCUCUACAAGGUGGAAACACUACAUGAUUUUGAGGCAGCAAAUUCUGAUGAACUUACCCUCCAAAGGGGUGACGUGGUGCUGGUGGUCCCCUCGGAUUCAGAAGCUGACCAGGAUGCAGGCUGGCUGGUGGGAGUAAAGGAAUCAGACUGGCUUCAGCACAGAGACCUGGCUGCCUACAAAGGCCUCUUUCCAGAGAACUUCACCCGGCGCCUGGACUAGAACUGCAGUUGUUACCGAAAGAGCUGACCGACUGGGUUUUUAAACCUUCGUGACAUCCUGAAGAGUUCACUUCUGCUAUUACGCUCUUAACGAUUUACAGACCGAUGCCAGACAAAGAUUGGGAAGACCUAUCAGUAGAGCAUGUGUGAAAAAGAAAAUGUAAGCGGGAAAAACAAACACAUGAAGGAAAAAAAGUCCUCAUUUUCUUCCCAUGGGGUCCAUAACAAGUUGGUUUGUGCUUUGUCCAAGCUGUGGACACUCUUGUACUUGACUGCUCUCCCACCAGUUCUAAAAUAGCUUUCUCCGGACUGGACCUUAAUUUCUCUGCACCAAAUGUGUGAUAUCCAGUGUCUGCCCUGCAGAAGAUGUGAUGAAUUUUCCCUUAGUACAAAUUGAUCUUACUCCCCUGCCCAGGUGUGAGCACGUUCUCUCUCCCUUUCAAGUUUACCGUGUUUAAAAUUAUCUGCUGCAAAUGUUUUCAGUGGUCUUUUCCAACACACCUAUAUAUACACGUAUAUGGACACACUGUCACACAAGCUAGUUCCCCCAGCUGCUGGAUCUAUGUGUAUGCAGAAGGCUACAUAUACAUAGUUGCUUUCUUUCGUUUCCAUUGUAGCUCUUUGCUGCCCAGUGUCAUUGAUACAUGCGUUGCUCUUACGCUGUCUGGCAUUACAAUUGCAAAACCAGCCAUCCCAUUGCCAAAAAAGUUCACGGUAUCCAUGUUUGUCAUGUGCGGUUUUCAGGAUGGGAUGACAGCAUAUCCAAGCUACUGCCCUUUUGAAGAAGAGCAGGGCCUUAUCACGCAGCUGCCAGCUGCUCUGGCUGGAGGAAGGCUAGUCUGAGAGGAGCAGCUAUGAUCUUCCCUCCUGCCUUUAAGAGAUUGGCUACGAGAUGGGGCAUAUUAAUCCCAGCCCAAAGAACCAAUUUAAAAGAGCUCCUAUAUAUUUACACCUCUUCUCUUUAUGCAACUCAUUUGCACAAGUCACCGUGAAAGAAAAUAGGUGGUGUAUGCUGUAUCCACAAAUCAUCUGUAACAGUUAUGUUCUCAGUGCUGUGUCAUUCCAAAUAAACCUUUGGUAAUCUCCAACAGUCACCCUAA